GAAACAGAGUUUGAAGAGCGAGAGGGAGAAGGGGGUCGAGAGUGAGGGAGAGUGUGGGAGGGAGAAAGGAUAAGAUCGUCGUCACUCGUCACAAUAUAUUGCUGAAUGGCGUUGUCGGGUUGAACAUAUUUUCUCAAACCCGAGGAAAAACACAGUCUGAUUUUCUCCUCUUUUGACUCGGCGAUGCGGAGAGGCAGAGCAGCCGCAGCGGCCAAGCAAGCUCCGGCCACUCCGCCUGCUGAAAACAUCAAUGGAUCUGGAGGAUCUCAGGAUAUUAGGUUCCGUGGAGUGAGAAAGAGGCCCUGGGGAAGAUACGCGGCGGAGAUUAGAGACCCCUGGAAGAAGACUCGCGUGUGGCUCGGGACCUUUGACUCGGCUGUGGAUGCUGCCCGAGCCUACGAUGCCGCCGCCUUGAGUCUCCGGGGCCCGAAAGCCAAGACAAACUUUCCGGUGCCGGUUAAUUCUCACCAACCCCCGUAUCAGCAGAACCAGUCUGAUGCCCUUGAUCCGCCGUUCAUCGAUCCCCGGGUGUACAGUCAAGUGCCUCCGAUUUUUCCUCAGAGGCGGCCUGCCUCCAGCGGCAUGAGUAGCACGGUGGAAUCCUUUAGUGGGCCCAGGCCACAGUCCGCGGCAGUCCCUUCUCGCCUUCAUCCCAGGUCGCCGCCUGUGGGUCCGGAUGACUAUCAUAGCGACUGCGACUCUUCAUCUUCAGUCCUUGAAGACAGUGACUGCAAAGACAUUGCCUCGUCUCCUUUCAGAAAGCAGCUGCCUUUUGACCUCAACCUGCCGACUUCCAUGGAGGCAGACGAUCUUCCCUGCACAGCUCUUCGUCUUUAAUGCACCGUGGCAGCUGAGGCUGCUCAUCUUCGGCUCCCCCCUCAUCAUCACUGGAAACCAAAUCCAGUGCUAGUAUUUGCUUGAUCUCUUACUUUUCUGUUUUUCAGUGUACCCGCCGGUUUUAAAGAAAAUGUUGGUGAAAAGAAGGAAAUCCAAUCCUUUAGAGCUAAAUUGUGAAGUCCGGUUAUAAAAAAAGAUCAAGAUUAUGAUAAAGUCUCAGCUAAACUCCGAAGAGAAUGUACUUUUUAAAUUGCAAUUCACUUCUGAUAGUAUAAUUCUCUUAGUAUCCAUGGCUGCAUCAGUGUGUUGAUAUAUUAUUAUCAUCUUGUAGCUAUUAUUAUGGCUUCAAACCCAUGCAUCAAUGCAACAUGAGUUGUUGUCAUGAUUAUCAUUUAUGUAACAGUUAAAUAGAUAUAUCAAUCCUCCAGUAUUAGAUGAAAUUAGUUUGUAUUCGCUCAUUUUCUCUGAAAUUUGAGUUGCAUGUUGUAGCUACUUCAUGACGGAAAAGCAUGUGUGGACAUAUUUGAGCAUGAUUUGAGGUUUUGUGCUUUUUGACAUGCAGGUCAUCUAUGUAAGCUUCCAUUAGAACUCCAAUCUCUUAUUUGAACUACCUGGUUAUCGUUCUCGUUAAAUAUUGCUUGCACUCCAUGAUAAACCAAAAUAACACGUACCACGUAUUAUUAGUUAUUUAUUACUAACAUAUUAUGUUACCUUAUUAUCUAGAUUGUAAUUAGGAUGUCUCCUUGUAUAGAUUGAACUCUUUUCCUUCUAUAUUUGUUUCUUACCGUUUUGGUCUACCAUUUUGUAGACCAAAAUGCAAUACCAAAUGUAAUAGUAUACCAUGUAUAGGUUAAUGUAUUUUUGUGCGCUCCUUGUUCUCUUUCCCAUGCAGGUAUGAUGAUGCCUGGAGAAGAGCUUGUACCCUCUGCCUCAAAGUGGAUGAUGAUGUAGAUUUGUUCUAAUUUUUUCGACCAACUAUUGGUUAAUGUACUCAACUGAAGAGUGAUAGAUUUUGGGCAUUUAUUUGUUAGUUUCUCAUAAGUUUGUGUUGUUGUGGUCCAGUACUCCAAUGCAAAUUCAAUGUCAUUUUCAAACAUACUUGAGGUGAACACAAACGGCAUGACAAUGAAGAUUAAUGUUGUAGACAGAUUUGGGGGAUAUCUAUAGUGAUCCCGUGAUGUUUUGUUUUCCUAAGCAGAGUUUGCAAUGACAAAUAUUAUUGGAGGCAAAGCCUGAAGGGCAAGAAUCUGGACAUGUUUGUUGUCGGUUGCGACUCCAGAGUAGAAAAAAGCCUCUCUGUAAAUACGAUGGGAAACCUUGUUAAUGUUUUUCAUCUCACAAUAACAUUAACAAGGUUUCCCAUCUUCAAAGAAUCCCCCUCCCCUCUCCCAUCAUUUGGGAGUGCAAGUUCUUGGGGUUAGCUUUAUUUCCCUACCCUCCUAUGGUGUCUUUACCAAGUCUAACUUCAUUUCUUGGUGCAUUGUUUUUAUAAUGGAUGUUAUAAAUUUGUAUCUUGUUCUUCCUUUGAGCACGUUCCGGCUGAAUUGUUUUGGCAUAGAAAGCAAGUAUAAUCAAUUGGUCACACAAUGUUUGAUUUGAAGAGACAUUUUAAUACCAAAAUAAAGUUAUUUCUU